GAGAGAGAACACAAGCAGUGGGAGCGGGAGAGAGAGAAGCAGGCUCCCCGCUGAGCAGGAAGCCCAAUUCGGGGCUGGAUCCCAGGACCCUGGGAUCAUGAUCUGAGCCGAAGGCAGAUGCUUAGCAACUGAGCCACCCAGGCGCCGCACAAAAGUCUUUUUCUGCUCUGCUUUUACACUCUAGAAGCCAAGCUAUUUGCCAGGGGUAAGGCUAGGGAGGUGUAGGGGUGACGGUGGGGGUGGGAUGCAGCAGAUUGUCCACAUCCUGCUGCCAGUCUGUCCAACAGGAUAGCAGCUUUCCACGGUCCCAGCCCUGAGACAGGGGGGCUGGGGGCGAGGGGCGCGCAGGCCACAUUCCCCCCGACCGCAGGCGCCGGGCCAGCUGGUUGGAGAGAACUCGGGCAGCGAGCCUAAGAGCUCCGCGCCAGCCCUCUCGGCCGGGGAGGGAGCGUCCUGGCUUCGGGCCCGUGCGCGCCCCCUAGCGCCGGUCCGCGGACGGGGCGGGACGGGACGGGACGGGGCGGGGCGGGGCGGGGAGCGCGGGGGGCCGUGGCGCCGAGUGGAAGCGAGAGCGCGAGCGCGGCUGCAGCCGGCGGCAUGGCGAGCACGGCCUCGGAGAUCAUCGCCUUCAUGGUUUCCAUCUCGGGCUGGGUGCUGGUGUCCUCCACGCUGCCCACCGACUACUGGAAGGUGUCCACCAUCGACGGCACGGUCAUCACCACCGCCACCUAUUGGGCCAACCUGUGGAAGACGUGCGUUACCGACUCCACGGGCGUCUCCAACUGCAAGGACUUCCCCUCCAUGCUGGCGCUGGACGGUUAUAUCCAGGCAUGUAGAGGACUUAUGAUUGCUGCUGUCAGUCUGGGCUUUUUUGGUUCCAUAUUUGCCCUGUUUGGAAUGAAGUGUACCAAAGUCGGAGGCUCAGAUAAAGCCAAAGCUAAAAUUGCUUGUUUGGCUGGGAUUGUAUUCAUACUGUCAGGGUUGUGCUCAAUGACCGGUUGUUCCCUGUAUGCAAACAAAAUCACAACGGAAUUCUUUGAUCCUCUCUAUGUUGAACAGAAGUACGAAUUAGGAGCUGCUCUGUUUAUUGGAUGGGCAGGAGCCUCACUCUGCAUAAUUGGCGGUGUCGUAUUUUGCUUUUCAAUAUCUGACAACAACAAACCUCCCAGAAUGGGAUACGCAUACAAUGGGGCCACGUCUGUCCUGUCUUCUCGGACAAAGUAUCAUGGCGCCGAAGGAGGUUUUAAAACCACAAAUCCUUCAAAACAGUUUGAUAAAAAUGCUUAUGUCUGAAAAGAGCACUGCUAUGAGCUGUCUUGAGUUAUUAUAAAAGUGAACUGUUCACAAAAUGAUCCCCCCUCAAGGCCUUCCUCUAAUUCACACUCAAAACUAUUUUUAAAACAUGAAUUUGGAGAAUUUGCUGAUUGUACGGAUGUAAAUGUUCUAAUCAUUUUCUGUUGUGGCUUUCUAUAAAAAAAAUAAACAGGUUAUUUACAGGAUUUGUAUAUAUUUUAUAUAUUUAUAGAGCAUGGGGAGUAUUUAGCACCAAGGGAUCAAGUAUUUGUAUUGGAGCCUCCGUGAUCAUUCAGACGUGGCAUUCUUUGUCCCCAUUCCUUGUUUCUUUUCCUUCAUACAUUAAACAGA